GUAAAACGUUUGGUUGUGGGAUUGUUUAGUAGUACUCAUCACAUUUGAUCUGUCUUGGAUUUUAUUCCUGCAAUGAGGCGAACAACCCUAGGCCCUCUUAACAUAGGAAAUCAGAGCAGACCGGUCGCUCGGGAGAAGAAAACUUCUCUUGGAUCGAGAGCUUCAAUAGGAAAUAGGACAUCACUCGGUAGACCUUCGACUUCGGGGAGACCUUCGCUCGCUGGUGCAAGAUCAUCAGCGACUGGAAGGUAGGAAAACGUCGUAAACCCAAAAAGUUUCGCCCCAUCUUUUAACGUUAUUAUGAUUCGGUGCUUUUGUAUCAACUGCCUAUUACAUGUUUUGCGCGGAAAUAAUGUCUUAAUUUGGUAUAACUUUCUGUAUUUUUUCCCUUCUAAUGCAGUUGAAUCUAAAUAAUGUCAACACUUCUACUGAAAGCUUAAAUCAACUGAAGCUUGAUCUUUUUAUGCUUAUUUUGUAGUUCUAAUAGAUCUUUAAUCUUUCAGGAGACCAUCUAGCCAAUAUGGGAGAGAAAACUGUGUUCAGAUGAAAGAUCCGCGGCCCCUCUCCGACAGAGGUGCAUGAAGCCUUCUCUAAUUUCAUUUUUUCCUCUAUCCUCUAUCAGGCCUUUUUUCGUUAUUUCUCUUUGGUUCACUUCAAGACUUACAUUUUUCAGAGUCCAUAAACUUUUUCUAGGUCUUCAUGAUCACAAUAAAACUGCAUCAAUUGUUGUUUAUGGUUUUAUAUUUUGAAAGAACGACCUAUACUUUUUAUCAGAACAGCCAAAUAUUUAAACUAGGUUCAAAGCUUGAAACCUACUUUUUGCAUUUUCAUCCCAGGAUACCAGCAAAAAAUGAUUAGAUAUCUUAUGGAGGUAUGUGCAGUAUUAUAUUUUUAAUUUGCAAAGUAUAUAGGGUUGAACCGGAUGGCUAAUUAAUUUUCCUGGAAUCACUCUUAUCGUUCACAUAUCAAAAACCUGAGCCAGUUCACACGUUUGCGAUUUGCCGUGAUCUCAGCUCAUCUCUUGCAAAAUUAUAUAACUUCGGAUGCUUUCUCAUAAAUUAUCAUGACUUAAAGAAAUAAUCUCUAAACCUGUUCAGCUGAUGUGUUCAUCCCCCUAAAGACCCUUGCAAGACUGUCAACACAUAAGGAUAUUUUUUUUCUGUUAAAUUCAUCCAUUAUUAUUUACAACAUUUUUGAGCCUGUAAUCAAUUGUAACUACAUUAAGUUUUAUGUCAGUAAUUGAAUUUUCACUAGUCUUACAGAGUUAAUGAAUAAUGCUACCAUUAUUAACUUAGUUCCUGACAGAGUUUCAUUAUCCACAUCAAAUUUCCAUGAGAAUUCUGAGUGCUCCUUCUACAAAAGAGUUCUGCAACAUUUUCCAGGUAAUGUAAACACUGUAGUUUACAAAAAAGCUAGACACUUUAAGCUUGCAUCUACCACAGUGAUUUCAUGUAUUUUUGGCCAGUUCUUCCUUCUUAUGGUAAUUGUCAGAAACUUAGUAUUUUUUAUAAGUCCUCACAAACCUAUUCCUCAACUGCAUGUAUCAACAAUUCUCUGUAAAUUAGAAAAAAAGUACAAAUUGACACUCCCAAGAGUAUGUUAUGCUAUCUGUGUUUACAUUAUUUUGUUGUUUUCAACAAGAGAAAUUUGAAUGUAACCUCUGAGAGAUUAUAGGAGUCCUUAAUUUUUUUACUCUAAAUGUGAGGUCUAUUUUGCACAGUUUCUUUACAAGUACAUAAAGGCAGACACUCAAAAAAACACUUCACUGGAAUCCAAACCAGCAGAGGAGAUCCCAAGGAUUUUCAAGAUGUUAGGGUAUGUUGGGAAAGCUAAGAUUAAGGAAGAAUUUUCUUUGUUUCCUAGUCAGGGCUCUUAUAACACAAUCAGUGAAAAUUAUUGUAUCAAUUAUAUAUAUUCCACAUUUACCUCCAUAAAUGUUUUUUGUUCCUCAGUUAUCCAUUUACAAUUUCAAAGAGUAACCUGCACUCUGUUGGAAGUCCUCACGCUUGGCCCAUGGUACUCGGUGCACUGUGCUGGCUUAUUGAACUUAUCAAGGUUAAUUAUUGUUAAAUUAUACUGAAUUUGAUGCAUUUUGCCAUAGUUAAUGAUCCUCAGAAAAUUAUAGCUGUCACAAUGUCAUGACCAAUGACUGCUUCACUGGCUUUACAUACAGAGAGACAAACAAUUUGAUUUUUUUUGUACAUGUAAUUAAAUAUAACAGCAUGCCAUGAGUGUUGGUCAGGAUAUUGAAGGCCAUGUUCUGUUCCCUGAGGACAAUUACAGAGCUGGUGAAGAAUACCAAGAUGGGCCACAACCUGAAGACAAGGUAAGUCAUGAAUAAAGCUACAAUUAGUUAGACUGGGUGACAUAUGUAGUCUGUGAGUCAUCCUGAAAAGAACUGCAUUGCAUGGUUUGAACCCAGGAAUAAAAGUGUAUGGUAUAGUCAGAUCAUCUGAGUGCAAGUAGCCCUGAAAAGGCUGCUGUCAAUGAUAUCAUUAAUGACUGAAUACUUAAUGACUUCAUGGCUGCAAGGAUUUUUUUCUUUUCUUGGGAGAAUGGUGCACUUUCUUUCUUCUUCAGGCAUUUUUUUUUCUUUUUUCCUUUUACCAGGGACUUUCUUUUGCUUUUGAUUUUCCCAUAAGCAAAGAUUUUUCUAUAAGUCAGACAAAAGGCUAACGCUUGAAAAGUCAGCAUCUAAACUCUUUACGGUGGCCAAUUUACAUUUUCAAGUCAGUUGAUAACACUAAAUUACCCUAUAAUUUCAGUACUUUUUUAGGUAUUUGGAGAAAAGUUAUGCUGCUUUCAUGAUGGGGACAGAACUUGAUGAACUGGGAGAAUUUGACAAUGAGUUUAUUGAUAGCAUAAGUAAGUUUAAUGUUUGGGUGUGAAAAUUUUCACAAUACAGAAAUGUUCUUAAUUUGAAGUUUCUCAAUCACCAGUCUUGAGAAUUAUAGAGUUGACUUAACUUAACUUUUGGUCACAUUUACUUUGUUUUCAGGAUCAAGAAAUGCUGUUCUGCUUGAAGGUAAAUAGAUUUUCUUAGAUUCAAAAAUUUAGUACAAAGGUUCAUGAAAAUCUACUAAACACCAAUAACUCAUGAAAAUCUACUAAACACCAAUAACUCAGCAAGUUAACAACCACACUGCAGCUUGUAAUGACAACAACCUUCAGACUAACUGUAGCUAGCUGUGAGAAGUGUUGAUAUCAUUUUUUAUUUCAAACGUAAACUUGUAGCAGUGGUCAGUGAAUAUAUUAUUUUAUUUAACUUGGUUCACUGGUGGGUAAACAGCGAUGAGAAUAAUCAUCAGCAUGAAAAAUAAGUUUUCACAUUUUAGAAGAGUAAGAUAAACCUUUUACAUUCAUUUGCUUUCAGGAAAUGAAGACCUGAUGAGAGAUAACCUAAUGCUGGAGGAAGAAUUGAACGCCCUGAAAAAUGAUUCUGUGAGUACUUACUAGAAAAAUUGUGUCAUCUCAUGUUAUUAGUUGAUAUGGAUAUUUAUCUUUUCCAAAAUGAGAAAUCUGUACUGAAUUAAUAAAAUUGUUGAGUUAAAUCACAGUAAAAGAUUUUCAGAUGAGAGAAUUUCUUGAGCUGGGAAGCAGAUUGAAGUCAAAGAGGAAUAAAAAAUCAGUUUUAAAAAGAGACACUUUGUACAAAACAAGGGAAAUUGAACAAGAUUGUUUUUUCCUUUUCUUUCAAAUGUCCUCUGAGCUUUGCUAUUGACUUUUUGAAUUUUAAAAUAUCAUUGAAAGGAACAUGUAUAGAAGAAGAACAUGUAUAGAAUGUACUAAUAGUUGUUUGUUUUCUUGCUUUGUAGUUGCGUCUCCAAACGUUAGCUGAAAGAAAGAUAACAUUAACUUCUGACAAGUAAGAUUUGCACUGAAUUAAGUAUAAAUUUAACAUGUACCUUCAUUAAUGCUUGUUCUCUGGAUCAUGUGUUGUAAACAGGUUGAAUAUAUUACAACCCCCUGGUCAUCUGUAAUCAUUACUGACUGUCAACAAUUUCCUGUGCUUAUCCUGUAGGGAAAAGUUUCAGAACUACCUAGGAGACUUGGGGAAGAGUACAAAACAGUUGGAGGAAAAGAAUGACCAGCUUGUUGAGGAACUAAGAGGACUAAGUAAUAUAUACUAAUAUAGUAAUAUACUAAGUAAUAUAUAUAUAUAUAAUAUAUAUAAUAUAUAUAAUAUAUACCUCUUAAUGACUGAGUUUGAGGUUCACACUCUAAGCUACAGACAGGGUUAACUUUCACUUGUAUUUAUGACCCAACUCAAAGUAUGCAUGUCCACACAGGAAACAUAAGGUACCGUAACUCAAAGUACAGACCUCAAACUCAAUUUGUAAGAGGUUAGAAGGAAAUUUUUUCAUAUCUCUGAGUUCAAUAAGGAGAAGAUUUAAUUUCAAACAAACCUUUGAAUGUAGCAGGCUGUACUGUGAAAUACAGCCUGCUAAAUUGACCAAUCAAGUACAUUGAAGUAUUUAUUUCCUUGUAGUUACAGUAUUUGAAUCCUUUUAACUUUCUGUUAAGUUACAAAUGAAUAUUAUUUUUUGUUGUAUCUGCAGAAGUAGAACAAGAUGCCAUCACCCAAGAAAAUGCACGGCUUCAGGUAAAUAUAUGUUACAAGGCUUUGUUGUUGUCGAUGUGUGGUGUUUCUUGAAUGUAACUCUGACCUUGUGAAGUGCAAACAUUGUUACUUAACACCCACCCAAGAGAAAACACACUAAUCACUACCUUGUAAGUUCAAUAGAGACAGUAUCUUACUGCAGUGUGAAAGGGCAAAGUUUCAAGUGUCUGACAGGCCCUAUACACCUGAGAUUUUAUGCAGGUCUGUAAAAACCAUGAAGCCUUUUCUGACCUAAUGCUUGGGCAUUGUUGAGUCUUCUUAGAUGGGGAUGAUGCACUAAAGACCAAAUUUUCCAAAGAAAAGGAGGUUCUUUUAUCACCAUAGGAGACAUCCCAUUACAUAUAUGUGCUCCAAUAAUACCUUUUUCUGUGUGCCACUGAGUUUAGCCAUCUCCCUUCCUUGCGAAUUAACCCUUUAAAUCCUGAGAGUGACCAGCAUCUAAUUUCUCCAUAAUAAUUUCUCCAUUCAUAAAAUCAUGAGCAUAAAGGAAAUGAUUAUUACAUGUAAUUUGAGAAGCUCUGAUUGUUAAAUAAACUCUCCUUGUCAGUACCAAGGAAUUAUACAGAGAAGGGUAUGGAGAAUAUGGCUAUUGAAAAUAUGGUGUAAAGAAUUAAACUUAUUAAUUCAAACCUUAAUUUUAAACAAAGUAUGCAUAUCUUUUCAUUCAUUUUCUAAUCAUUACUUGUUUAUAUUGCUGCAGCAAACUCUGAACAACCAGGAGCUGAGUUCUGCCGAUGUUGAAAGAAUGAAGCAUGAGAAAAAAGAACUACAGAAGGCCAUUGAACAACAAGAAAGGGAAAGAGAUUAUUUUAACCAGCAGAUCUGGGAAAAAGAGAUGCAAUUUGCGAAAAAACACGAAGAGGUUAGCUAGCAACAGGGCAUUCAAUUUGAAAUCUGUCGCUGACUGUAAUACUGUCAUACCAUAAGGAGUUUGUUUUGUCACUAGUGUAAAAGAUAAAACAGAAAGCCUGAAUCUUUUUUCACCAACUUUUGGCAUCCAUUUUAGACUGAGAAGCAUGUACGAGAAUAUAACGAAAUGGCAAGGAACUUGAAAUUGAUUCCACCCUCAGCAGAAAAUGCAAAUGGUAUUGACUUUGAGAUGCACUUCAAUCCACACUCACAAAGACCUGAUCAGAGAGCUCACAUGGACUUUAAGGGAACCAUAAAGGUAUGUCUAAUGACAUAAUACAGUGUGACUGUAACCUAUUUGCUGGAUUUCCUGAAGUGGCACAUUUUGCCAGAAGUUAUCUCGGAUUCAUCAACAGGGGGUAACUACUGAGUUGGGGAACUUUUUUGUCUGGGGAGUGCAUUAGUGUAACUGCACAAGAGUUGGCUGUUGGGAAAAUGGAAAUAAAGAGCUCCAUUUUUUGUGAGUGCUGUCUCUCAUGCUGCGAAACUGUUUUGCUCCCCCCCAAAAUAAAAAUGUAUUACACACAUAAGUGUGUCAUUGGUAUUACCUCCAUGUCUCAUUUGUUACAUCAUGAUGAUGGAAAACAUUAAGCUGAGUUCUAAAUGUGAAACAACAAUUUCAUUACAUGUAUUAUUCAACAGCCUGCCCUUCUUCAUCUCAAACAACAAAUCAGUGAAAAGAGUCGUACCACUCAGUCUCAGGUCAUCACUGAAGAGGAAGCAUUUGAUCAGGUAGAAAUUUAUGACUGGUUACAUAUGAAAACUAAAUUGAAGGUGUGAACUUGAGUUAAGUGAUGUGGGGGGGGGAGAACUAAAAAGUUUUACAAUCUGUCUCUUCAUUAUGGUCAGGAUGAUUGAUUUUAAGGUAUUCAGGGCCCCUCAGGGUACCAGCCUUAUGGCUGAUUGGACCACCAUGGUAACAUAAAGCUUAACACCUCAUUCGAAAGUAACUCUAAACAAACAAUAGUCAUUCAGGCCAAACAGGCUUGUAUUCUGCAAUUUUUCCUUGCUGCACUUUUAGUACAUCUAACCAUUUAAUGUGCUCUUGAAUAAUAAAUGUACUUGGUGCACCCUUAAAAUGUGGAGUUUUCGUCAACACUAGACACUGAAAACAAUCAGUCAUUACUUUUGUCCAAGGCCAGGUUGCUCAAAGCUAGGUUAAGAUGAACCAGGGUAAGUGUAAGAUCUGAUUUCAGAUCUAAAAGCUUUAAUGAAUAUAAAAUGUAUAAUUCUUUUUGUCUACAAUUUGUUGAUUGGAUGUUGUGAAAAGAAUGAAGAAAGUCAUCCCUAAAGGUUUUUGGACAAAGGAAUAAAGAAACCCAGAUUAAACUUUAACCUUGGGUUAGUGCUAAUCAGCCUUUAAACAACUAGGCCCAAGUGUUCACAACCCUAAUUAGAUGCUGUGUUAUUUAAGAUAAGUGAGAUGGUGGCAGACAAGCAAGAAGAGGUGACAGCUUUGGAGAGCAAACUGCAAGUACUGGACAAGGAGUUAGAUUGGAAAAAGGAGGUAUUGCAGCAACUGUGAAGUUAACUGAGUUGAACAAGAAUAACAUCCUGAAUUUGAGAAAACUGCGUAAUCCUUGAAAGUUGUUGGGUAGUACUAUAGAAUGAAAUGUUGUACUGAUUUAAGAAGCAAAAAUUUAGAAAGAGAGCUUCUCUUUUGGUAACAGAAUAUAAAUGUUUGGUCUAACAGUAGGUGCCAAAAUUGAAAUUAACCAUCAUGUUUAUUUUAAGAGAAGAUCCAAUUACUGAGCACAAGUAGAGAGCCUUGAGAAGCAUAGAAGAGAGCAAAGCUGGACAGACAUUGCCCCCCCCCCCCAAAUUUCAAGGCAAAUUAUGAUAAAUUUUCCUCAGCAACAUGCCUUAAGACUAUGUUCAAACUAACACCAUUAGCAUCUACUUGUCAAGGAUGCUACCCCUUUCAGACUUCGUCAAUGGGAAACAUUUUAUUUUAAGCUUGUUUUUGGUGUUGAUUGUUGUUAAUUUUUUGGUCAUUUAUGAUGGUUUUGCCUAAUUUGCAUAGAUCAUGGCAAAAGAGUACCAGAAAACCACUGGAGCUUCACAGGGUUUGGAGGAAAGUGUCCAACAGAUGAGAGAGAAGGUGUUAGAAUCUGAGGAGGCAGUGGAAGACAAAGAAAGCACCCUGAAGGAAAUAAAACUGAGGUUACAACAUAGCAAAAUAGCAUCUGUACCACAAACAAAUGAACAUGAACAUGAACAUGAAAAAGAUACUGCAUUGAGGUUGAUAGACCUUUACCAGAUCAAUAUUCGCAGAUGAUGAUGAUGAUGACAAUGAUGUCUAACUUGUAAAAUUUACUACCAGUAGUGUCAAGCAUGCUUUGACCAAAAAAUGUCUGAUCUCUAUUAACUGUUUAUCACCCAGAGUGGAGCAAAGUGUUGUUGAGCGACAGAAGGAGAAAGAAGAAUGUUCAGAUUUUGUACUGAAGGCAAGCCAUAUGAUCAUGGAACACAAGACUCUUAUUCAGGUAAGGUUGUUAUAAAGUUUUACCUAUCUACUUUCAUUACUAAAUUGCAGGUUGGGGCAGAUGAGGGGAGCUGAAAGUGACAAUGUCCUUCCCUAUGACAAGUUCUCAACUUGUAGUUUAUGCAGAUUGUUAUUUUCCAAUGCUUUAGUGAAACAACAUAAGUAGAGAAUUUUUUUCCUCACAUUCUUCUGGGGCUUUUUAAUGUGCCUUGUCAUGCACCUAGGUCCAUCAGUGACCUAAAACUUACUAAAAAAAGAUUUCAAGUUAUAUGGUGCUAUCACAUAUAUCUCCUCUUAUGUCUAGAAAUGCAUGCAGUAAUGAAAUGACAAAUUUGAUGAACUUUCGUCAACCCGAGUGAAUGUUUAUGGAUUUGACAAUUUUGGUGAAUUUAAGUCAAAUUUGUCAAAGUGAAAACAGAAGGACAGGAUUGACAAUUUUAACGAAUUUUAGUAGAAUUUGUCAAAGUGAAAUCAGGUCAGUGGAUUUGACAAGUUUGUUAAAUUUUCACCAAUUUUGUUACUGCAUACAUUUCUGGACAUACCUUGGUGCAAUGGUUGGUCUAUGUACAAGCCUUGCUGAUCUCAAGCUUUGUAUGAUGUGACUGUGGAGUUUUGUUGAGUUUUCUGGAAAGGUCUGUGCGGCAGAGCUACCAGUAUGGUGUGUGGAAGUUCACUUUAAAGGGAGAAUGAAUCACUUUGACUAGUUCGUUGCAAGUUAAUAAGUUUGGAGCCAUUUGUCAAAGCUCAUCCUUGAUGCAUCAGCCUUCCCAGGCCAAUUUGUACUGAUAAGUCAGAGUAUUUUGCUUAGCAGAGUGAAUUGACAACAAAUUGUAACCUUAUUCAUUACAUAACCAGUUGACUGUUUACAAACAGCAAACAAGUGUGCUGAGUUUUUUUUGCUGUUAUCAGCCUCUUAUUGUUAAAUUGUUGUAAUUUUUAAUUACAGAAUCGAACGCAUGAGCUUCUGAAGCAAGCAGAAGAAAUUUAUGAGCAAACAAAACAGCUUGAAAUUCCUAAAACAUCCAUACAUAUUCCAGAGCAAAAUGGGGAAGAAAAUUAAAAUACUAGCAGAGCAAAAGUUUUUUUCUGGUACUAACUGUAAUUUGAGUUUCUAGUAAUUCAUGUCUGAGGCAUUGUAUUAUAGAAACUUUUUAGUUAACAGCACAUUUUCCUAAAAUUUAUAAAUAAGUGAACAAUUAACUUAGAGUACUUUUAGUUGCUAGGGAAAACAAAGUAUAAAUGCUUUUCUGAGUCCCCCCUCCAGGUAUUACUCGGCUUUUCCAAGACAAAGCUGUAAAGUGGAAUUUUAAACUGCCCUGAUCUUCUUGCACAAGGAGGUGUAAAUGGUUGUCUGAUUUGAAUUGUUAUUUAUUGGAACAGAGAAGUGUUUUGGGGUAAAAUGCAAUAUUUGAGAGUUUGUAAUUGUUCAUGCAAGUUUGUAAGGAAAGUUUUUCAAUCCAUGUAAACUAGAUAUUGUCUUGCCAGUACAUAUCAUCCUCUCAUUUAACACAG